UAGGGGAGCAGUACGGCGAGAGAGUAUAACCCCGUAUAAUCCCCAUAACCAAACGGCUCUUUAAGAUAUUGUCGGCACAAAGUUCAGCAUAGAGGUGACAAAGACUCUCUGCGAGCUGCUGGAGUUUUGUUUAAAUGGGGAUUGGACUUCAAUUUCAAAGCGUUAAAAAAUUGCUAUUAAUCUUUGGAAUUGUUAUAGCUUUUUUUGCCCUUCUAUCCCAAUUACUCCAACUUCCAUAUGAGAAUUACAUAUAUAGUCUUAUAUCAAAUGUUGAUGGAGUUGGGUUCGAAGCUGAAACUGGUUUGGCCAAUAGGAGUAAUGUGGAAGUUGAUUCAGUGUUAGGGUUUCAGAAAUCGAAUGAAAAGAGACUGAAUGUAAAUUCAACAAUAGAGAUAAGUACAUAUUCAAGACAACAUGGGAAAAUGGGGAAUCAAUCGGAUCAGCAUUUGCAGCUUAAGUCACCUGCAGCUCGUCCUAGUGAUCGGGACAAUGUGAUUGAAGGAAGUCGUAAUAAGACGAUGUCAUUGUUACCAUUUAAUGAUAAAGGGUUGAUGGAAAAUCAGGCUACGGUUUUUAACAUUGAUGGUGCUUCUAUAAUGGAGAAUAAAAGAAGAAGACCCGCACCAAUCUCCUAUAUGAAUACGUUAUUGCUGCAGAAUUCUAUUAGUUUAGUGAGAUCACAAUGGCGUUCUGCACGCGAAGGGGAACUCCGCAAAGCAAAGCUUCAGAUUGAAAGUUCUCCGAUAAUUAGAAACAUUCCAGAAGUUCAUGCGUCUAUCUUUCGAAAUUAUUCAAAGUUUAGGAGGAGCUAUGAUCUGAUGGAAAACGUCCUCAAAGUUUAUGUUUAUAAAGAAGGGGAAAAGCCAAUAUUCCAUCAGCCAUAUCUGCGUGGUAUUUACGCUUCUGAAGGGUGGUUCAUGAAACUGAUGGAGAAAAACAAACAAUUUCUUGUGAAAGAUCCCAAAAAGGCCCACUUAUUUUAUUUGCCUUUUAGUUCUCUAAAGCUAAGAGAAGCUCUAUCAAAUCAAAAUUUUACUCAUCAGAAAGAAUUGAAAAACCAUCUGAUCAAUUACAUCGGAAGAAUUUCUAGAAAAUAUCAUUUCUGGAAUAGAAGCAGAGGAUCUGAUCAUUUUUUUGUUGCUUGUCAUGAUUGGGCGCCCCGACUCACGAGGAAGAGCAUGGAAACUUGUGUUAGAGUUCUCUGCAAUUCAAAUAUAGCUGGAGGCUUCAAGAUCGGGAAAGAUGUUUCUCUGCCAGUAACCUAUGUUCGUUCAGCUGAAAGCCCGCUCAAAGAUUUGGGAGGAAAUCCUCCUUCAGCAAGACCUGUCCUUGCCUUCUUCGCUGGAGGCAUUCAUGGUUAUCUCCGUCCUAUCUUGAUGCAACAUUGGAGUGGCAAAGAACCUGAUAUGAAGAUUUUUGGGCCUAUGCCUCGUGAUCCUGGGGGUAAAGCAAAAUAUAGAGAACUUAUGAAAAGCAGCAAAUAUUGCAUCUGUGCCAGGGGUUAUGAAGUCCAUACCCCAAGAGUUGUGGAGUCCAUACACUACGAGUGUGUGCCUGUGAUCAUAUCAGAUAACUAUGUGCCGCCUCUCUUUGAAGUUCUCGACUGGGCAUCAUUUUCUGUCUUUGUUUUGGAGAAAGAUGUUCCAGAUUUGAGAAACAUCCUUCUUUCAAUUACUGAGGAGAAGUACAGGGAGAUGCAGCAUAGGCUGAAGAUCGUUCAACAGUAUUUCCUUUGGCACAAAAAUCCUGUAAAGUAUGACUUGUUUCACAUGAUCCUUCAUUCAAUUUGGUACAACAGGGUAUUUCAUGUAAAAUCUAAAUAAGUUUGUGAAAGGACUUGGAGAUUUUUUAUAUGGAGGGAUAUCGGUAGAGGAGAAAAUCCCAUUAAACAACUUAACAAUAGAUUGAACAGCAGAGGAGACAUGGAUAUCCCAGAUGAUUUGAACAAAUGAAUGAUCAUAUGUGGUACCAGAUAUGAUCAAACUCUGCUAAUACAUUGGAUAGUGCCUGCCUGGUAACUGCUUAAAGCUUAAUUAGUGAACUGCUGUUGUGGCGAGCUCAAGUAAGCACUAAAUGCUGAUGCCUGAUAGUAUCCCUCCGCUUCCGUCCUGUGUAUACUUGUAUAAUAAUUUGAUUAUUUAUUUGUCUAUAGAAGAAUUCUUAGCUCUCUUCUUCGUGACUUCCAAAUUCUUUGCUAGCCUGUCAGUUUUUGAGAUUUGAUUCA